ACUGUACAAGACUGUGAAUACACAAAGGUAAGAUACAUUAGGAAUCCCCAGCGUAAGGAACUGCCACAGGGGCCUAAAGUAGAAAUCGUGGAAAGCAAUUGGGAGGCGCUACAAAAUCCAGAAAAGAAAUGAUGAUAGACUGCAACAGAGUGCUAACAAUAAAAGUUUUAAGAAGUGCCCAAAUUCUAAAUAUGUUUUACAGGAUGACCUUAUUUUUAUUGUCUCGAGUCAGUAGGACAAGGCUAUUAAGCUUCCAGAGAUUGGUGAUGGUCUUAUUAUGCAUAAGAUGAUGUCAUAAUAAAGUAAAUGAGGUCAGGGAUAGGUUUCUUUUAUUGCCAAUAAUUAUUCAAUGAGUUUUCUGUACAAUUGUAAACUUAGCAAUUCACUUAGUGCCGUGACUACAUGGCACCCUAUCAAUAUCAUCAUCAGCUAAUAUUUAUCGAGCACCCUCUGAGUACAUGGUAUUGCACUCACAGCAACAGAGGUGAGCUGCAUUAAUUCUUUCAGCCAGUGCAGGAUUAUUGAGUGGUUUAUUACAUCACUCUAUUAAUUGGUGCCCCAGCGGCUUCCGGAACAACAUUUAGCUUCCAGAAUGCAAUUCUUUUUCCUCUUGGAGUAGAUUUAGCUUUGGUAGAAUUUAACUGCACAAAGAAAUGACAGGGGUAUCUGCCUUUAUAAAUAUGCUAAUGUUUUUUGUUUAUCUUAUUAUCAGAAACUUGGAGAUACUGGUCCCAUUUCAUAGACGGAGAAGUUGAGGUAGAUAGCGGUAAAGUGAUGUAGCUAAUGCUAUGUGCUGAGAUGGUGACAGAUCAGGGAUUGAAAUACAGUCCCUUUAUCUAUUGCACUAUACUGCCUCUCAGUGGUGUAUGUUAUUCCCAUUUUGCUCUCACACUAAUAUAUGGUCAUGAAAACACCCAAAAAGAUUUAACUGGUGUCUAUAUUCUUUAAGGGAGUGUAUGGCACUUUUCUUUGACAUCUGCACAGACUAAUCACUGGAAAAGUGGUUUGUUUGUUAUUGUUGUUUAAGCCCCUUAUUAUAGGGGAUUUGUCAGCUGUUAAAAUCACCACAUUUUUGUGUGAGUUAAAUUCUCAUCAGAAAGAUGUUUUUGCUUUUAUGGUACAUCUAGAGAUUUAGGAACUAGCUCAUGACAUAAAUGAUCUCAUUGAGAUCCCUACUUUCAUUUUGUUCUGGAAACAGUUAUUCACUGGCGAUUGUUUUGGUCGAUCAUUCUUUUUGAGAGAGUUCUCUUUCUUUUUUUAAAGAAAGAGUUAAAUAGGGGAGCUAAGAAAAACUGUGAGUGGAAGGGAGCUGUUUAAAUGCAGAAUUUCUUUGCAAAUCUUAAAAGUAGCGCCAUUAGAUGUCACGUACUCUGAGAUGCACUAGAGUGUACACCCUCCAGACUGUCUGUUUGUUGUAAUUCCAUCACAUUACAUAUUUUAGUGCAUAUCUCUUCCUAGCAGCUUCCAGAGCUUUUCUGAUAUUCAGCAUCAGAAAUUGCACUGUUUUAUCCUGGAUUUUACAAAUAGCAACCAGAUUAUUGUAAAACAGAACUAUCUGAUAAGUAAGGUUGUGAAUUGCUUUUGUGAUUGUCAUGGGUAAGAGCAUUGAAGAAACUCGCAAACAGUGCAGCACACUGGUUCCUGUAAAAAUAAAACCUGUAGCAGUGAAUGCAUUUUUCUGAUGAAUACGUUCAAGGCUGUGAUCAUUGUGCAACUUCUGGUUGGAUGCUUUCAAACGUUCCAUAUUGAGAAACAUCAGUAACAAGAACCAAAUAGUCCACCUAAGCCUGUAUUCAACUCAAUGGAGAGGAACGUAAAUUCUUACUUAGAGUUUCAUUGAGGCCAACUCUAUUCGGUCCACCAUGGGAAGCAGAGAUUUGAGGUUCUCUCUUGAUUUGCUUUCCAUUUUUACUUUAUGAUAAGGUGGCUCCGCUACUUUGGUUUUCACUUAAGGGGUUGUUCCAAUUACUAUGCAAAACAGAAAUGGAAAACAGACAAGACAGACUUCCGUUCAGCAGACAAAAACCAAAAUGCCAGAACAUGGUAAUUAAUGUGAGCAAUUUUAUAAGCAAAAUAAUUUGUUUUAAUUGGCUAAAUAAGAUCUGAUAUAAUUAUAAUAGCCAAUAAACUAAUUUCAGAAAACUAUUUAUAUCACAAACCUUCAAUCACAUUAUAUACUCAUUGCAUUUUUGGAAACGGAUAUAAAAAUCGACCCGAAUUAUCUCAUCUUUACAAAUAAGAAACAUGCAUUAAGGACUUUUUUGAAACUUCAAAGGUUAUGCUCUUUUCUUAUUUUGGAGACUUUCUUUUUCUUUUUGGAAAAAAUAUAUAGGCAAUUUCAGGACCAUGAAUCUUUAGUGAAUCAAGAAGGAAGCAUUAUGAGGGUGAAAAAUCUUUCUUAAGAAAACUCCUUUUGUCCAAGGUAAAAGGCUUAUGAAGAUGAGGUUUCUUCCACAAUGUUCUUUCAUAUCAUAUUCACCCUAAGGAAAAACAAACCUCGUAGAAGAGAGAGAUGUAUAAUUGGGCCUGAAAUGACCUCCUAGAAGAGACCCUAUAGAAUUGAGAACUCUCUCUCUGAGGAUUAGCUGCCCAUGGGUCAACACAAACUGACUUCCAACUAAUGUAUAAAUGAUUUGGGGAAAACGAUAUUCUUCCAGAGGGCAGUUGUUAAUUCUUCCUACCACAAGAAUCUCAAUUUGUUAGGAUGAGCUAAUUUUGACACCAACUUGAACACUGGUUGAUGCACAGCAUGUGCACACAUACAAAAAUACAUAACAAAGUAAAUAAAUGGCUUUUCAUACAACCUCAGGGGUAAAAAUGCUACAAAUAAAUUGUGCACUUUUACAUUAUACUAGCUGUGUUUUAACAACAGUUUUUAAAAGGCCAGGGACUGUAUUAUAAGCUCUUUCACAUAAUUUCUGAGUGACAGAAUUGCAUGCCCAUCAGAAUUGCAUGCCCGCCAAAUCAACAUGUCUUUUUUAAUAAGUGCAUUCUAGUUAUAAGGUAGUACUCAAAGGAAUAGCAAUAUAUAUUAUACAAAAAAAAAUUUUGCUCAUGUAACCUUCAGUAUACUUAAAAUCUAUGUGAUGAAGUAAGAUAUAAAUCGAAUAAAAAAGAUCUAGUAAUAUUAGAAGAAUAACAGUUCACCAAUAGUAUGAAAUAUCCAAAGGCAGGACAGGAUGAAUGGGAAAAUUAUAUGUAUUAAAAUGUUCUCAGCAAUGGGUGCUUAGAAAUGGGAGAAAAGAGCAUUUACUGUGAGCUAAUAAAAUGUAGAAAAAAUAUUUUUGAAUGGAGAAAUAUCUUAUUUUGAACAAAGGAUAGCAUACAUUUAACAAAUCAUUCCAUGCAAAAGGAAAACAUAGGGAGAUAGCAGGGUACAAAAUGUGUUUGGAGGUGUAUCGACCAGAUUUUAAAACACUGCUAGAAAUAGAUGAAUGAAGGCGAAAUUGAAUGGCUCAUUCAUGUAUCAGACCCAUAUAUACUGACCACUCACAAUGUGUUAGGCACCGGUCUAGCUACUAGGAAUAUAGCAGUGAACAACAACAACAACAACAAUAAAAAUACGCUUACUUCAUGAAGUUUAUGCAAAUAUUUCAAGACAGUAAGUGUGUGACACCAUUGAUUAUCCUAAUAUGGGGAGCACAGGCAGUUCCUUAUGUUAGUUCUAUUGCUUUUCAUUUGUGCACAGACAGGCAGAGACUAUGGUGUGUGUGCAUGUAUGUAUAUAAAUAUAUAUUUCAAAUAAAAGCAUUUAUUCAACUUUUUGAAAAUUCAACAAUAUUGUUCAUCACCAUGUACACAGAAAAACAUCAUAUAGGUUGAUGGAAUUUUUUAUGUUGUUCCAGAUUGUUUUAGUAUUAUUUAGACUUAGCCAGAGAGAAAAUAAAAGAGAACAUAAUUAAUGCAUUUACUUAAAAAGAAAGGAAGGUGAUUAAACGCUGUGGGUAUUUGUGUGGUUAUUUCUGUCUUUCCGUGUAACCUUAAAAGGAUGACUAUCAGCUAAUAACUUUUCCUUUUCCGUGCAUGGAAUGGGUGGCCUGAGGGGCCCAUCUUCAAGCAGAAUGUAAAUGCCAAGUAUGAGGACCCAAAUCAAUGAGUAUCACCUUCCCACAGCUUUUUUUUUUUUUUUUUUUUUUGCAGAGAACUGCAUUUGUUUCUAUCUCUGCAGCCAUAGCUACAUCAUUCAUAUGUAAUGUUUGUCUUUUAUAUUAUUUUAUAUAAUUUUGAUGAUUUUCGUGGAAAACGUGAUGAAAACAUUUCCCCAAAAAAAGUGUCGCUGAAUUUAAAUGUGGUUAAAAACUUAAUCCCCAUGAGCAUGGAUGAUCAAACACUCAACAAAUAUUUACCGAGACAGAUUUGUGGGAGGUACUAAAGAUGCAAAGUGUUUAAAAUGUGAAUAUUGUUCUCAUUUAAUUUAAAUAUAUAUGGAAGAACAGGGCACAAACCAGAAAAGCCAAGUAAUAAUAAACCAGUAUGGCAUAAGCUAAGUCUGAAUGCCUGAUAUGGAUAAAAAUAACUAGAAGGUAGAAAGACAAGGGUUAAUAUCCUGGCUUUGCCAUUUGCUCCUUGUGUGACAUCGGGUAAGUUAAUUUUGCUAAAUCUCGGUUUUGUUGUCUGUAAAAUGGUUCUAGUAACAGCCAUUUGGUGAAUUGUUGCAAGGUUGGAAAUUAGAGGCAAUGAUAAGUCCCUGUCAUUUAAGAAGCAUUCCCAUUACUAUGAAUGAUUUCAUUAUUGUGUAGAUGUUAGCUAUAUACUAGCUAUUAUGGUAAUAGCUUUACAUGGAUUGGCUAUUAAGUUCUCACAAUAUUUUACAGAUGAGGAGAGCAGGGUUUAGAGAGUAAAAGCAUUUGACCCAUGUUCCACAAUUAGGAAACAAAUUUCAGGGGGGAUUUGGACUUAGGACUAACCCCAAAGCCCAGCUCCUAAUUAUGCUACAUCCCAGAGCACUGUGAUAGCUAUGGGAAUUAACAGUUUCAUCAGUGUAAACCAAGAAAGUCAAGGAUACCCUUGUGGAGGACAUGUAACCUGUCCUGGUCUCUGAUAAAAGAUUGGAGUUAAACAUGUUGAUAUAAAAGAGAAGAGGCCAUUCUAAAGAGAACGAAUAAUGUACUUGAGGAUCUGAAAGGGAUGCAUAUGCAUCAGGCUGGGCGUACAGUAAGCUCUUGUGCAGUAGGGAUAGAACCAGUGUUUACAUGGAUAGGUUGGUGUCAAACCACAGAGGCGAUUGAAGUUGAGGCAAACAAAUCUGCGCUUGAUUCUCUAAGGAAUUGUGAACCUUAGAUGAUUUGCAAGCCGAUACAUAAGAUAAUGAAAUAAAACAGACUUUCAAUUGACCAAUCAAUAACUAUUGGGAAUGGAUGUCAUUCAAAGUGGCAUUUUAAGAAGGUUAUUCUGGCUUGAGAAGGAUGAAUUGGAGAAGAAAAAAAAAAAACCUCUUAAAACGGCUGUUUUCAAUAGCUGUGUCACGACAGUUGGGAGAAGUGUCACAACGAACAAGGCACUAAUAGAAAAGUAUUAGUUUGCCAAACAUCAGCUGGUUUAUACAUUAGGGCAGAGUCAAGGUCAUACGCAGAAUAAUGUCAUUCUCCUUUCAUUCAGAUUCCAAGUGCAUUCUUGAGAAGGGGAAAGGCGGUGUUGCGCUCUCUGGUGCAGUCUUUACCAGAACCCUAGGAAUGCCCCCUGGAAUGGGUGCUGCAUUUCACCACCCUUCACGUGUUUCAGCACAAAUAAAACAGCCUAAAGAAGUGCUGCAUUAAAGAAUUAUUGCAACAGUCCAGGCAAAAGCACACAAAUCAAGAAAUGUCAGAGGUCUGAAAACAGUAACUUUAAGAGAUAUGGGGUUGGUAUUUAAGUUAUUGGUAAUUGAAUGAUGGUGGUGGGGGAGGAACUGAGCCCUGAAUGGAUCGAAGGAUUUUUACAUUUUCCACUGGUGAGGAGAUUUGGAGAAAGGGCUUGCUUCGAGGGUGAGUUCAUGAAUUGAGUGGUAGAACUUACUGAGUUUUAAGCAUAUUAUCCAAGUGGAAAAACCCAGAGGGGAGUUUGAAGAACUGUAGCUUGUAAAGAAGGUCAGAGUGGAAAGAAGUCUUUAUGAGUCAUCCAUUUUGAGGUGAUGAAAUAUUGUCCAUGUUAUCCAUUUUAAAAAUUUUAAAAAGCUGUUGAGUGGGUUUCCUAACAAUAGAAGUUUCACAUUUACUGAUGCACUUGCUAUGUGCUGGGAGCGGGACCUACCACGGCACAGGCAUCAUUGAUUCUUAAUGACAGCCCAUGAGGCAGGUAGCCUUAUACCCAUCUGAAGAUGAGGACACAGCCCCACAGUGAGACAAAAUAACUCAGUCAAGGUCACACAGCAGUAGGUAGUGGAGCUGGGAUUCAGUCUUUAGGCAGGGUAACCUGGUUCCAAAAACUGAGCACUUAACUACCGUAUCAUAUGCUGUCAUAUAAGCAUAUGAAUGUAAAGCUCUCCCACAGAGAAAUAAGUCACAUAAAAGUUACAUUCCAGUAAGAAAUAUUAAUGUGACUUGGUCACCCCAGUAUAAUCACCUAGCCCCCCACCCCAAUCAAGGUAUCUUAAAUCAUAUAUAUCCACUCCACUACAAAUGAUAUCCACUCAGGGAACCCACCUCCUCACUAAGGAGGCAGUAAAAAUAAACAACAGCACUGAUAGCCAUUUGUAGCUUUAAAAAAAUCUCUCUUUUUGUCUGCUUUGGAGAUUUCUUUUUAUCUUUCAUUGACAAUGUUUUGCAGAUCCUGUUCAAUAAACCUCGGGCCCCUUCCCCUGUUUUUAUUGUGCUGAAAUAGUUGCGUGCUAAAAUAGUUGCAUCCUUGUAACUGGGUCUUUAUUUUUGUUGGCAGAAAAUUCUCAGUCCAUUUAUUCCCUUGUAUAAAGUAAAUUUUAACUAUAGAACCUGUGUCAAUAAUGUCAUUUAAAGGAGGCUGCUUCCAAUACACUCUGCAAAAUGUCCGCAGAGAUUUCCGGAUUUCCCAGUCACCACUUCCCUCCCUGCUAGCCAGGCCUUGCAGCUCCCUUUUCCCUUCUACAUCUGAGCACUCUCUGUUCUCUGGCCAGCUGCCUUCUGUUCAGCCCCUGUGUGUUCUCCAUUCUCUGCUCUGCCUUAAUGAUAAGUAGAGUUUCAUCCUAAGCACAUUAGGGUGGAGGUGGGGAUUACUUCUUUAUUUGGGCCCAAGGGAAAAACAUACCCUCCUGUUGGCAAACCAUGAAGAGUAUGACACUUCGAGUUUCACAAGAUUAAGCAAUCCCUCUUUGGGCACAGCAAUGUGGCCAGUGUGGGGGAAGAGAGUGUUAUUCUCCUUGGACCAUUUCUCAUUCUAUAUCUGGUGGCUUACAUAGGAAUUCCAAAUGACAAGAUGCCUAGGGUCCAGGGAUAUGUUGUUGGGACAUAAGAUAGUUGAAAUGGUUGUGUACUUGGGUUUUUCUAUUUGUUAUGUUUCUAAAAUGAUCAUUGUUAUAAGUAGGGCACAUAGAAUUUACUCUGAGAUAUUGGAAUUGCUUAAUUUCGAAGAGAUGGCCAGUCAAAAGCUUGGGUAUCUCCUUCCUGUUCACUUACUACUGUUUUAGCUCUGCUUACCAUGAAAGGUAAGCAGUCACUUUCACCAAUGACUGAUACCAAAUAGUUGACCUUGGAACCAGCAAUUUACAUUCUUAUAAAAGAGGUCACUUAGGGAAUUUAACUGUGUAAUCCUAGCCCCCAUGUGGUGGGAGAUGAGUAGAAAUGGAACAAAGCUGGUGACACACCAUUUGAAAGAAUUUGGAUUGGGAAAUCAUUUCUUUUCGACUUGGUGUUAAAAAUGGAACCUACUUUAAAAUGGUACAGGAAGGGAGAAGGAUGCAGUAAAAGUCUGUAGCGAUAGUGACUCAAAAACUCUGUUCCAGGACUCAAGAAAGCAAUCCUGUUGUCACAUUUGGAGGGAAACCAGAAAUAAUUUGGGUUUUUCACUUUCCUAAUAGCUUCUUUUCCAAUACCUUUCCUUCAGACACCAUGCCCUCCCUUUUAUUUUGCCUUUAUUAAUGAAAACUAAUGAAGAGAAACACCGUUUAAACUUGAACUAGGAAACACAGGUUUUGUAGUGCUAAUAUUUUGGUGUGGGCUCUUUUUUUUUUCUUUAAGACAAUUAUCAAGACGAAGCAUUUGUUUCUUCUUUUGUUUACCCAUGGCAGUUUGUCAGCAGUUAUGAUAAGUAGAGUUCCAUCUGCCAGUAAAACUACAUUGCAAAUUGCCGUAGAAAUUAGCAGCUUUCAUUUUUGCCUACAUAAAUAAAUAUGCGAAAUAAAUUGCACAUAAAUGCAUCCUAAAAAAUCACAGGUACACCACACAGUUAAAUGCCAAUCAGACAAAACCAGAGACACACUGCGAUUAUCUCAGUUUUCAAACCUGGGAGAUACACGAAUGUGUUUCUAAAUGAGAGAGGCAGUGUAUCAUGCUCGCUGAGAUAAAAACAGAAGCUGCCAGACACUGCACUGUGGCUUUAUUCUGAGAAUCCUUUGCCUGAAACCCGCUCUAUCUUUUCUUGAUGUUCUCUGUCUCUCUCUCUCCCCCUCUCUUUCUCUCUCUGCUUCUCUCCCUCUCUCCUCGCUGUCUUUCCCUCGCUCAUUGUUCUCUCUCUCCUCCUGCCUUUGAUGCACAUACGUUGUCACAAUUCAUUGACUCUCCUCUCUUCUCUGUUCUUACACUCAAGCCUAGCGGUGCUUUCGCCAGGCAGCAGCAGCCUCUCCUGUGAGUUUUAGGCAUGUAUGCAGCUCAGUUUGAUCGAGCGUUCCUUUUCUGCCUUUUCACUCUUACAAAAGAUUAAAAGGUGGCGUCACAUUGCUCCCCUGUUCCUUCCCGCAGGAGGGACUUAAAAGGGACAACAAAAACUAAUCACUUUCAAUAAGCAUUUUCUUGCUGGAAAAAAAAAAGAAAAGAAAAAAAAAAGAAAGAAAAAAAAGGCGGGGGGUGGACUUAGCAGUGUAAUUUGAGACCGGUGGUAAGGAUUGGAGCGAGCUAGAGAUGCUGCACGCUGCUAACAAGGGAAGGAAGCCUUCAGCUGAGGCAGGUCGUCCCAUUCCACCUACAUCCUCGCCUAGUCUCCUCCCAUCUGCUCAGCUGCCUAGCUCCCAUAAUCCUCCACCAGUUAGCUGCCAGAUGCCAUUGCUAGACAGCAACACCUCCCAUCAAAUCAUGGACACCAACCCUGAUGAGGAAUUCUCCCCCAAUUCAUACCUGCUCAGAGCAUGCUCAGGGCCCCAGCAAGCCUCCAGCAGUGGCCCUCCGAACCACCACAGCCAGUCGACUCUGAGGCCCCCUCUCCCGCCCCCUCACAACCACACGCUGUCCCAUCACCACUCGUCUGCCAACUCCCUCAACAGAAACUCACUGACCAAUCGGCGGAGUCAGAUCCACGCCCCGGCCCCAGCGCCCAAUGACCUGGCCACCACACCAGAGUCCGUUCAGCUUCAGGACAGCUGGGUGCUAAACAGCAACGUGCCACUGGAGACCCGGCAUUUCCUCUUCAAGACCUCCUCGGGGAGCACACCCUUGUUUAGCAGCUCUUCCCCGGGAUACCCUUUGACCUCAGGAACUGUUUACACACCCCCGCCCCGCCUGCUGCCCAGGAAUACUUUCUCCAGGAAGGCUUUCAAGCUGAAGAAGCCCUCCAAAUACUGCAGCUGGAAAUGUGCUGCCCUCUCCGCCAUUGCCGCGGCCCUCCUCUUGGCUAUUUUGCUGGCGUAUUUCAUAGCAAUGCAUCUGCUCGGACUCAAUUGGCAACUCCAGCCUGCAGAUGGGCACACCUUUAACAAUGGGAUAAGGACCGGCUUACCAGGAAACGAUGAUGUGGCAACAAUGCCAUCUGGAGGCAAAGUGCCCUGGUCGUUGAAAAACAGCAGCAUAGACAGUGGUGAAGCAGAAGUUGGUCGGCGGGUAACACAAGAAGUCCCACCAGGGGUGUUUUGGAGGUCACAAAUUCACAUCAGUCAGCCCCAGUUCUUAAAGUUCAACAUCUCCCUCGGGAAGGACGCUCUCUUUGGUGUUUACAUAAGAAGAGGACUUCCACCAUCUCAUGCCCAGUAUGACUUCAUGGAACGUCUGGAUGGGAAGGAGAAGUGGAGUGUGGUUGAGUCUCCCAGGGAACGCCGGAGCAUACAGACCUUGGUUCAGAAUGAAGCCGUGUUUGUGCAGUACCUGGAUGUGGGCCUGUGGCAUCUAGCCUUCUACAAUGAUGGAAAAGACAAAGAGAUGGUUUCCUUCAAUACUGUUGUCCUAGAUUCAGUGCAGGACUGUCCACGUAACUGCCAUGGGAAUGGUGAAUGUGUGUCCGGGGUGUGUCACUGUUUCCCAGGAUUUCUAGGAGCAGACUGUGCUAAAGCUGCCUGCCCCGUCCUGUGCAGUGGGAAUGGACAAUAUUCUAAAGGGACGUGCCAGUGCUACAGCGGCUGGAAAGGUGCAGAGUGCGACGUGCCCAUGAAUCAGUGCAUCGAUCCUUCCUGCGGGGGCCACGGCUCCUGCAUUGAUGGGAACUGUGUCUGCUCUGCUGGCUACAAAGGCGAGCACUGUGAGGAAGUUGAUUGCUUGGAUCCCACCUGCUCCAGCCAUGGAGUCUGUGUGAAUGGAGAAUGCCUGUGCAGCCCUGGCUGGGGUGGUCUGAACUGUGAGCUGGCAAGGGUCCAGUGCCCAGACCAGUGCAGCGGCCAUGGCACGUACCUGCCUGACACAGGCCUCUGCAGCUGCGAUCCCAACUGGAUGGGUCCCGACUGCUCUGUUGAAGUGUGCUCAGUAGACUGUGGCACUCACGGCGUCUGCAUCGGGGGAGCCUGCCGCUGUGAAGAGGGCUGGACAGGCGCAGCGUGUGACCAGCGCGUGUGCCACCCCCGCUGCAUUGAGCACGGGACCUGUAAAGAUGGCAAAUGUGAAUGCCGAGAGGGCUGGAAUGGUGAACACUGCACCAUUGGUAGGCAAACGGCAGGCACCGAAACAGAUGGCUGCCCUGACUUGUGCAACGGUAACGGGAGAUGCACACUGGGUCAGAACAGCUGGCAGUGUGUCUGCCAGACCGGCUGGAGAGGGCCCGGAUGCAACGUUGCCAUGGAAACUUCCUGUGCUGAUAACAAGGAUAAUGAGGGAGAUGGCCUGGUGGAUUGCCUGGACCCUGACUGCUGCCUGCAGUCAGCCUGUCAGAACAGCCUGCUCUGCCGGGGGUCCCGGGACCCACUGGACAUCAUUCAGCAGGGCCAGACGGAUUGGCCCACAGUGAAGUCCUUCUAUGACCGUAUCAAGCUCUUGGCAGGCAAGGAUAGCACCCACAUCAUUCCUGGAGAGAACCCUUUCAACAGCAGCUUGGUUUCUCUCAUCCGAGGCCAAGUAGUAACUACAGAUGGAACUCCCCUGGUCGGUGUGAACGUGUCUUUUGUCAAGUACCCAAAAUACGGCUACACCAUCACCCGCCAGGAUGGCACGUUUGACCUGAUCGCCAAUGGAGGUGCUUCCUUGACUCUACACUUUGAGCGAGCCCCGUUCAUGAGCCAGGAGCGCACUGUGUGGCUGCCGUGGAACAGCUUUUACGCCAUGGACACCCUGGUGAUGAAGACCAAGGAGAACUCCAUCCCCAGCUGUGACCUCAGUGGCUUUGUCCGGCCUGAUCCGAUCAUCAUCUCCUCCCCACUGUCCACCUUCUUUAGUGCUGCCCCUGGGCAGAAUCCCAUCGUGCCUGAGACCCAGGUUCUUCAUGAAGAAAUUGAGCUCCCUGGUUCCAAUGUGAAACUUCGCUAUCUGAGCUCCAGAACUGCAGGGUACAAGUCACUGCUGAAGAUCACCAUGACCCAGUCCACAGUGCCCCUGAACCUCAUUAGGGUUCACCUGAUGGUGGCUGUCGAGGGGCAUCUCUUCCAGAAGUCAUUCCAGGCUUCUCCCAACCUGGCCUACACCUUCAUCUGGGACAAAACAGAUGCCUAUGGCCAAAGGGUGUAUGGACUCUCAGAUGCUGUUGUGUCUGUUGGGUUUGAAUAUGAGACCUGUCCCAGUCUAAUUCUCUGGGAGAAAAGGACAGCCCUCCUUCAGGGAUUCGAGCUGGACCCCUCCAACCUCGGUGGCUGGUCCCUGGACAAACACCACAUCCUCAAUGUUAAAAGUGGAAUCCUACACAAAGGCACUGGGGAAAACCAGUUCCUGACCCAGCAGCCUGCCAUCAUCACCAGCAUCAUGGGCAAUGGUCGCCGCCGGAGCAUUUCCUGUCCCAGCUGCAACGGCCUUGCUGAAGGCAACAAGCUGCUGGCCCCAGUGGCUCUGGCUGUUGGAAUCGAUGGGAGCCUCUACGUGGGUGACUUCAAUUACAUCCGACGCAUCUUUCCCUCUCGAAAUGUGACCAGCAUCUUGGAGUUACGAAAUAAAGAGUUUAAACAUAGCAACAACCCGGCACACAAGUACUACUUGGCAGUGGACCCCGUGUCCGGCUCGCUCUACGUGUCCGACACCAACAGCAGGAGAAUCUACCGCGUCAAGUCUCUGAGUGGAGCCAAAGACCUGGCUGGGAAUUCGGAAGUUGUGGCAGGGACGGGAGAGCAGUGUCUGCCCUUUGAUGAAGCCCGCUGCGGGGAUGGAGGGAAGGCCAUAGAUGCAACCCUGAUGAGCCCGAGAGGUAUUGCAGUAGACAAGAAUGGGCUCAUGUACUUUGUCGAUGCCACCAUGAUCCGGAAGGUCGACCAGAAUGGAAUCAUCUCCACCCUGCUGGGCUCCAAUGACCUCACUGCCGUCCGGCCGCUGAGCUGUGAUUCCAGCAUGGAUGUAGCGCAGGUUCGUCUGGAGUGGCCAACAGACCUUGCUGUCAAUCCCAUGGAUAACUCCUUGUAUGUUCUAGAGAACAAUGUCAUCCUUCGAAUCACCGAGAACCACCAAGUCAGCAUCAUUGCGGGACGCCCCAUGCACUGCCAGGUUCCUGGCAUUGACUACUCACUCAGCAAACUAGCCAUUCACUCUGCCCUGGAGUCAGCCAGUGCCAUUGCCAUUUCUCACACUGGGGUCCUCUAUAUCACUGAGACAGAUGAGAAGAAGAUUAACCGUCUACGCCAGGUAACAACCAAUGGGGAGAUCUGCCUUUUAGCUGGGGCAGCCUCGGACUGUGACUGCAAAAACGAUGUCAAUUGCAACUGCUAUUCAGGAGAUGAUGCCUACGCGACUGAUGCCAUCUUGAAUUCCCCAUCAUCCUUAGCUGUAGCUCCAGAUGGUACCAUCUACAUUGCAGACCUUGGAAAUAUUCGGAUCAGGGCAGUCAGCAAGAACAAGCCCAUUCUUAAUGCCUUCAACCAGUAUGAGGCUGCAUCCCCCGGAGAGCAGGAGUUAUAUGUCUUCAACGCUGACGGCAUCCACCAAUACACUGUGAGUCUGGUGACAGGGGAGUACUUGUACAAUUUCACAUACAGUACUGACAAUGAUGUCACUGAAUUGAUUGACAAUAAUGGGAAUUCCCUGAAGAUCCGUCGGGACAGCAGUGGCAUGCCCCGUCACCUGCUCAUGCCUGACAACCAGAUCAUCACCAUCACCGUGGGCACCAAUGGAGGCCUCAAAGUCGUGUCCACACAGAACCUGGAGCUUGGCCUCAUGACCUAUGAUGGGAACACUGGGCUCCUGGCCACCAAGAGCGAUGAAACAGGAUGGACGACUUUCUAUGACUAUGACCAUGAAGGCCGCCUGACCAACGUGACGCGCCCCACGGGGGUGGUAACAAGUCUGCACCGGGAAAUGGAGAAGUCUAUUACCAUUGACAUUGAGAACUCCAACCGUGAUGAUGACGUCACUGUCAUCACCAACCUCUCUUCAGUAGAGGCCUCCUACACAGUAGUACAAGAUCAAGUUCGGAACAGCUACCAGCUCUGUAAUAAUGGUACCCUGAGGGUGAUGUAUGCUAAUGGGAUGGGUGUCAGCUUCCACAGCGAGCCCCAUGUCCUGGCAGGCACCAUCACCCCCACCAUUGGACGCUGCAACAUCUCCCUGCCUAUGGAGAAUGGCUUAAACUCCAUUGAGUGGCGCCUAAGAAAGGAACAGAUUAAAGGCAAAGUCACCAUCUUUGGCAGGAAGCUCCGGGUCCAUGGAAGAAAUCUCUUGUCCAUUGACUAUGAUCGAAAUAUUCGGACUGAAAAGAUCUAUGAUGACCACCGGAAGUUCACCCUGAGGAUCAUUUAUGACCAGGUGGGCCGCCCCUUCCUCUGGCUGCCCAGCAGCGGGCUGGCAGCUGUCAACGUGUCGUACUUCUUCAACGGGCGCCUGGCUGGGCUUCAGCGUGGGGCCAUGAGUGAGAGGACAGACAUCGACAAGCAAGGCCGCAUCGUGUCCCGCAUGUUCGCUGAUGGGAAAGUGUGGAGCUACUCCUACCUUGACAAGUCCAUGGUCCUCCUGCUUCAGAGCCAACGUCAGUACAUAUUUGAGUAUGACUCCUCCGACCGCCUCCUUGCCGUCACCAUGCCCAGCGUGGCCCGGCACAGCAUGUCCACACACACCUCCAUCGGCUACAUCCGCAACAUUUACAACCCGCCUGAAAGCAAUGCUUCGGUCAUCUUCGACUACAGUGAUGACGGCCGCAUCCUGAAGACCUCCUUUUUGGGCACCGGACGCCAGGUGUUCUACAAGUAUGGGAAACUCUCCAAGUUAUCAGAGAUUGUCUACGACAGUACCGCCGUCACCUUCGGGUAUGACGAGACCACCGGUGUCUUGAAGAUGGUCAACCUCCAAAGUGGGGGCUUCUCCUGCACCAUCAGGUACCGGAAGAUUGGCCCCCUGGUGGACAAGCAGAUCUACAGGUUCUCCGAGGAAGGCAUGGUCAAUGCCAGGUUUGACUACACCUAUCAUGACAACAGCUUCCGCAUCGCAAGCAUCAAGCCCGUCAUAAGUGAGACUCCCCUCCCCGUUGACCUCUACCGCUAUGAUGAGAUUUCUGGCAAGGUGGAACACUUUGGUAAGUUUGGAGUCAUCUAUUAUGACAUCAACCAGAUUAUCACCACUGCCGUGAUGACCCUCAGCAAACACUUCGACACCCAUGGGCGGAUCAAGGAGGUCCAGUAUGAGAUGUUCCGGUCCCUCAUGUACUGGAUGACGGUGCAAUAUGACAGCAUGGGCAGGGUGAUCAAGAGGGAGCUAAAACUGGGGCCCUAUGCCAAUACCACGAAGUACACCUAUGACUACGAUGGGGACGGGCAGCUCCAGAGCGUGGCCGUCAAUGACCGCCCGACCUGGCGCUACAGCUAUGACCUUAAUGGGAAUCUCCACUUACUGAACCCAGGCAACAGUGUGCGCCUCAUGCCCUUGCGCUAUGACCUCCGGGAUCGGAUAACCAGACUCGGGGAUGUGCAGUACAAAAUUGACGACGAUGGCUAUCUGUGCCAGAGAGGGUCUGACAUCUUCGAAUACAAUUCCAAGGGCCUCCUAACAAGAGCCUACAACAAAGCCAGCGGGUGGAGUGUCCAGUACCGCUAUGAUGGUGUAGGACGGCGGGCUUCCUACAAGACCAACCUGGGCCACCACCUGCAGUACUUCUACUCUGACCUCCACAACCCGACACGCAUCACCCAUGUCUACAAUCACUCCAACUCGGAGAUUACCUCACUGUACUACGACCUCCAGGGCCACCUCUUUGCCAUGGAGAGCAGCAGUGGGGAGGAGUACUACGUUGCCUCUGAUAACACAGGGACUCCUCUGGCUGUGUUCAGCAUCAAUGGCCUCAUGAUCAAACAGCUGCAGUACACGGCCUAUGGGGAGAUUUAUUAUGACUCCAACCCUGACUUCCAGAUGGUCAUUGGCUUCCAUGGGGGACUCUAUGACCCCCUGACCAAGCUGGUCCACUUCACUCAGCGUGAUUAUGAUGUGCUGGCAGGACGAUGGACCUCUCCAGACUAUACCAUGUGGAAAAACGUGGGCAAGGAGCCGGCCCCCUUUAAUCUGUACAUGUUCAAGAGCAACAAUCCUCUCAGCAGUGAGCUAGAUUUGAAGAACUACGUGACAGAUGUGAAAAGCUGGCUUGUGAUGUUUGGAUUUCAGCUUAGCAACAUCAUUCCUGGCUUCCCAAGAGCUAAAAUGUAUUUCGUGCCUCCUCCCUAUGAAUUGUCAGAGAGUCAAGCAAGUGAGAAUGGACAGCUCAUUACAGGUGUCCAACAGACAACAGAGAGACAUAACCAGGCCUUCAUGGCUCUGGAAGGGCAGGUCAUUACUAAAAAGCUCCACGCCAGCAUCCGAGAGAAAGCAGGUCACUGGUUUGCCACCACCACGCCCAUUAUUGGCAAAGGCAUCAUGUUCGCCAUCAAAGAAGGGCGGGUGACCACGGGCGUGUCCAGCAUCGCCAGCGAAGAUAGCCGCAAGGUGGCAUCUGUGCUGAACAACGCCUACUACCUGGACAAGAUGCACUACAGCAUCGAGGGCAAGGACACCCACUACUUUGUGAAGAUUGGCUCAGCCGAUGGCGACCUGGUCACACUGGGCACCACCAUUGGCCGCAAGGUGCUGGAGAGCGGGGUGAAUGUGACCGUGUCGCAGCCCACGCUGCUGGUCAACGGCAGGACUCGAAGGUUCACGAACAUUGAGUUCCAGUACUCCACACUACUGCUCAGCAUCCGCUAUGGCCUCACCCCCGACACCCUGGACGAAGAAAAGGCCCGCGUCCUAGACCAGGCGAGACAGAGGGCCCUGGGCACAGCCUGGGCCAAGGAGCAGCAGAAAGCCAGGGAUGGGAGAGAGGGGAGCCGCCUGUGGACUGAGGGCGAGAAGCAGCAGCUUCUGAGCACCGGGCGCGUGCAAGGGUAUGAGGGAUAUUACGUGCUUCCCGUGGAGCAAUACCCAGAGCUUGCAGACAGUAGCAGCAACAUCCAGUUUUUAAGACAGAAUGAGAUGGGAAAGAGGUAACAAAAUAAUCUGCUGCCAUUCCUUGUCUGAAUGGCUCAGCAGGAGUAACUGUUAUCUCCUCUCCUAAGGAGAUGAAGACCUAACAGGGGCACUGCGGCUGGGCUGCUUUAGGAGACCAAGUGGCAAGAAAGCUCACAUUUUUUGAGUUCCAAUGCUACUCUCCAAGCGAGAAGUCCCUCAUCCUGAAGUAGACUAAAGCCCGGCUGAAAAUUCCGAGGAAAACAAAACAAACGAAUGAAUGAGCAGAGACACACACAAUGUUCCAAGUUCCCCUAAAAUAUGACCCACUUGUUCUGGGUCUACGCAGAAAAGAGACGCAAAGUGUCCAAAAGGAACAAAAGAACAAGAACGAAUGAGCAAAGAAGAAAACAAACAAAAACAAAACAAACACACGGACCGAUAAACAAAGAAACGAAGAUGAGAAAGAAGGCCUCAUAUCCAAUUACCUCACUCAUUCACACGUGAGCGACACGCAGACAUCCGCGAGGGCCAGCGUCACCAGACCAGCUGCGGGACAAACCACUCAGACUGCUUGUAGGACAAAUACUUCCGACAUUUUAGUUUAAGCAAAUACAGGUGCAUUUAAAACACGACUUUGGGGGUGAUUUGUGUGUAGCGCCUGGGGAGGGGGGGAUAAAAGAGGAGGAGUGAGCACUGGAAAUACUUUUUAAAGAAAAAAAAAAACAUGAGGGAAUAAAAGAAAUUCCUAUCAAAAAUCAAAGUGAAAUAAUACCAUCCAGCACUUAACUCUCAGGUCCCAACUAAGUCUGGCCUGAGCUAAUUUAUUUGAGCGCAGAGUGUAAAAUUUAAUUCAAAAUGGUGGCUAUAAUCACUACAGAUAAAUUUCAUACUCUUUUGUCUUUGGAGAUUCCAUUGUGGACAGUAAUACGCAGUUACAGGGUGUAGUCUGUUUAGAUUCCGUAGUUCGUGGGUAUCAGUUUCGGUAGAGGUGCAGCAUCGUGACACUU